CAGAGAGUGAAUUUCCCUGGUUUCCUUCACAACCGGCACAGCUUGAUAAUGUAUCAGUGGAUCACCAGCGAUUGAAGCAUGUCAAAGGUCAAGAGAUUGGAGCGAUGCUCGACCGAGUGCCGAAAUUAUCGUUAAAAACCUGACUGGCCACCAUGCAGCAUGUACAAGAUCAAAGCGAUGGGCACGUGGAGAUGACCUCACCUACAGCCUCGGUUCCCAGCACUUCCAACGAUCACAUCAAUCUGAAUGAGUUCCCAUCCCAUUUGGACUACACGUCGGCCCUCGAUCACGACAGACAGGUAUUCCAGGGUAACGAUAGCUCAGACGUCUCCCAUCAUAGUUCAGGAUCGAUGAAAUCGGCACUGUACAGCAGUGGAGGUCGCUCCAGGGUAACAAAUCUCAUGUUCCCUAAGGUGCGGCGCAGACCCUUCCAGUGCAAAUACUGCACGUUCUCCUGCCCCUCGGCCACCAACCUGUCCAUCCACAUGCGGAUACACACGGGGGAGAAGCCCUACAAGUGUGGCACCUGCUCCUAUGCCUCGGCAAGAAAGCAGAACCUCUUCCGGCACAUGGCAACAGUCCACAAAGCCGAUCAUGUGACCAUGUGCGGUUCCACCCCGGCCAUGUGUGCAUAUCCCAUCGGAAACCGGUCCAGCGGUGAGGAACGGAUGCCUGUGGUUGAAAAUGUGUACGGCAAUGUUCAAGAUGUGGUCUUGAUUGACGGUGAUCCGGUCCAGAUUGUCGGCAGGGACCGGGGGAGCUUCCCUGUAUCUGAAGCUGCCUCCUCAAGUCCACAUGUAACACCGGUGUUCCCUUGUGAAAGCGCCACCAGCAGCAGCCAGGAAGAGGAUGUUGUUGAGGUUUUACCCGCAAACAACUCAACGCCCAUCACUGAAUUUUCAACAAGACACUACGCAGAUGGCAGCAGAUUCAUAUUCGCCGGUGGCGUCGGAGCAGCCACUGCAUCGUCUCCAUCACCUAAAGUUGAUUCACCACAAAUGUCUGUGCUCAAUCACCAAUUUGACAGUAGUAAGGAAACCCCGAAAAUUCAAACCCAAACUAGUAUUGUAAGUAACGAAGUUCCAUCAAUACAUGUACCAAACUUAAUAUCCCCAGACAGAACCCCAGUUAUCAAACCAGAAAGUCCUCUGCAGCCAGCAAUAUACAAAGAACCGAUCACAGGAGCUCUCAAAAGGAAGCAAGGCAGACCCGCUGGCCACUCGACCCUGAAAAAUAUCUUAGAUAGUCCACUGGUGCUUGGCAGUAAAGCUUGUGGUAGUCCUCCGUCAGUUUCCUCCAAAAGCUUACAUGUAAGUACUGUGGACCACCUUGAGAAAACUGGAUCAGGGAUAAAGAUCAUCCAGACUGAAGAAGAUCUUGAGGAAGUUCUGGAAGGAAGACAGAGAAUGGAUAUCCAAGUUGCCCCAUCGGGUGUGGGUAAGCACCAGGACUUCAGUCCGAGAAGCAUGAAUGGAGGUUCCUCAGUGGAACCGCUUGCCUUCUCUCAUCUUAGAGAGAGCCCAGACACUGUUUACUAUCCUGGAACUGAUACUACUCCAGGUGGGACAAAGGAGGACGUCACACCUUCUGUGGAUGCCAUUCUGCCCUCUCAGACAAGCAUGUUCCGCCAUAGACAUGUUUCCACCAUGAAACCAUCCUCGGCCCGUAAAGUUAAUGAACAUAAAGGCAGAAGUGGCCAAAUGGCUUCAGAAGAUGUGAUCAUGGUGGAGCAGAUUUCUAGAACAGCAGUUCCACCCAACAUUUCUGGUCAGAGAAAUCAAAUGCAGCAGUCCCCCCAAAAAACAAGCCAACUGAACAUCAGAGAUCAUUCCUCAUUCAUAAACAAGACAGGAGAAAGAGUGGAAAGCUCCAAUUUCCAUGGUCGAAAGACUCCAGUCAGGAAACAAUACCCGAACACAACGUUUGACGUUGACCGGAAUCAAAGGUUGCAGCAUGGAAGUCUUCCUAAGGAUUCUCCCGCAAGCCUUGCAAGAACAUCCUUGACGAUACAGGUUGACUUGAACAAGAUCAUGUGCUGCGCUGCCAGAAAGUUGUUGAAAGCCCACUUGGUCGACUGUGAUGUCUGCGAGAUCAAUCUGCCCUCGGAAUCAUGCGAGGAGCAGUGUUUGACAAAUAGAAGUGGCAGAUGUGGAAGAGGCAGGUGUUCUGCUCAGGAAUAUGAUGAAGGUUACCUCGGGAGAGAAAGGUGCCGGUCGGAUCCAAGGGAUAAUGAGGAUGAUCAGAUGCAAUCAGUGAACAGGAAAUUGACUUUGUCAAGAGGUCUAGGCAUUGACACAGGCAUAGUAAACCAGGUGAAACGUGGAGAUGCCAUCAUCAGAAGCGUAAGACAAAACAAGAUGGGGGAUGGACAAGGUGAAGUUGGAAUGUCAUUUUUAAGGCCAAAACAACCAUUCUUAUCCUCAUCACAUAAUGAACAUCCCAUUUUCGCAGAGACUUCAGUUGUAAGCUCAUCCAAUGUACCUAUUUCAUCUACUUACUUCGGGGCUGAUGCUGCCCGAACUGUUGAUCAUCUGCUAACAAGACGUAUCAGUGAACCACAAGAAAGUGCCGAAUAUAUUGCCUUCUUGAAUGCCGAACAGGCUCGGGGAAAAGCAGCGAGCAAAAGGAAAAGCUCCAAAGUUAAACGUGUUUGCGACAUUUGCGGAAAGGUUUGUCAUUCCAGAGCCCAGCUUCUAAGCCAUCGGCGGGUGCACAUAGAAACCAGCCAGCUCUUUCGGUGUGCUGUCUGCCGUUACUGCACCCUGCACUACAAGCUCUUGAAGCGACACAUUGUCGACAAGCACUCUGCUGCGUCCAAAAAGAACUCGUUCACGGAGUGCAAGAUUUGCAAGACGGCAGUCAGGGUGACUGCAGUGGCGUUACACAUGCAGACCGUGCACGGGCAUGUCAUCUGUGGCGCUGAUGGGAAAUCUGUAGACAUGGAUGACAGUGGAAAAGCUGAAUGCUCUGUGGACCACACACACACCAUUGCUGCAGAAGUUCAAGGUCCAAAACCUCCAGAUGCUCUUGCCAUGGAAACAGACAACGAUGCCGUCAAGGAAUCAGAGGCAUCCCAAGCUGCUCAGGAGGGCUCGACCACAGAAGACGGGGGGAGUGUGCAAGAUGUUUCCAUAGCAAUCAAACAGGAAACGGUGCAGGAAGAUGAAGACUAAGUAUUGAAGUUCAGGAACUUAUGAAAUUUGAAAGAAAAGCUGAAACAUGGGAGCAUUUGCAAGUAAAUUGCACUUUAAAUUUUUCUGACAGCUCUUUGCUUCAGACUCAAAUGUGGCAGCUUCCUAGUUGAGGGCACCCUUUUAAUUCAUGCUAUUUAACUCACACAGUCUUUUAUAACUGGUACCAAGGGUAGAUUUGGUAAGAUCUCAGCCCCAAAUCCCAAUUUACAUAUAGUACAUACAAGUACAUGUGCUAUGUAGUUGGGUACUUUUUCUCAAACUUGGUGACAAAAGAAGUGAAUGAAGAUUUAUGCCUAGAGACGUAGCCCACAUCAACAAAAUUGUGGGUUGUGUAACCAAAACGUAAUGAUCUAUGGAUGUUUUUUAAUCAAUAUUAGGUUUUGCCCUUCAACGACGUAUAAACACUGUAUACUCGGUGUGUUACCUCCCGAGUGACAGUUUGAAAAAAUCAAUCAGGUAGGUCUCGAACCCGUGACCUCCUGCUUUCUAGUGCAAACGUCUUGCCACUCGACCACCGAGCUAACGGGAUCGCUUGGCUGGUUCGAAUCUGAUGUACAUGUAGCCAGCAGCGGGUACCGUAAUUAAACUAUUCAUACAUGUUUAGAUGAAUUCAAAACGCAAAUUCAUUUAAUGAAUAUGCUUUUUAUAAUGUUUGUAUGUAGCGGGUGACGAUUUUAAUGUGUGCAUUUAUAUGUUGAUUGGCCAGCCAGUAAAAUGUUGACAUUUGUCACUGUUGGGCAUGUUGGGUUUGCCUUGUUUUGGUAAAACAGUGAGAAAAUUGCUUGUACAUGUACAUGUAUAAACUACACAUAAAGCACAAAUGUAUGUGUGUACAUGCACUUUUGGGCUUCUGUCACAUUUUAACUGCAUGUAAAUGAAUUAUUUAUAUCAAUUAUGUUAUUUAUGAAAUUAUCAGUAUUAUGAUUGAGUGAUCUCUUUACAAUAGUCCACAAUGAAAGUGGAAUGCAAUGAAUGUACAUUUAGGGAGAAGUAUUUGCGUGUAAAAUUGCUACAACUUAACUUAAGGCUGUUGGUCAAGUUACCACUUGAGUAUUUUUGCUCUGUAGGAGGCACAUAGUGAGCAAGUACAAACUCCAAAGUUGUUACAACAAAAGCAAAAGUGCAGAUUGCCAAUGCCGCUUGCCCCUUAGGAUAUCUGUAGGCACCAUGCUGAAUCAAACAAAAGCCACCAAAUUCAAACUUUAAGGAUUGCUACCUCCAAUAGAAUCCAGCUUCUAGAAAACAGAUUUUAUAAUUCAUGGCGCAGGUCAAAAAGGUCCGCUUGAUAUUGUUGGAUUUA